AUGUCUAUUGACUUUCCCGCCGAGGAGAGGGCCAUUAUUGAGAGAUGGAGGGAGAUUGAUGCUUUCAAAUGCCAGGUUGAGAUGUCCGAGGGCCGACCCUAUUACACCUUCUACGAUGGACCUCCAUUUGCAACUGGUCUGCCUCACUACGGUCAUUUGCUUGCUUCAACAAUCAAGGAUGUUAUCCCUCGUUACUGGUCCAUGAAAGGCUACCAUAAGCUCGGGAUUUCGGGGAAGGAGGCUGUUAUGAAGAUUGGCAUCGCAAAGUAUAACGAGGAAUGCCGCGCUAUUGUCAUGCGCUAUGCGUCUGAGUGGCGGACAACCAUUGAGCGACUGGGACGUUGGAUCGAUUUUGACAAUGACUACAAGACCAUGGACCCAAGAUUCAUGGAGUCUGAAUGGUGGGCUUUCAAGCAGCUCUUCGAGAAAGAUCAGGUCUACCAGGGCUACCGUGUUAUGCCCUACUCAACUGUCUUGACAACGGCUCUGAGCAACUUCGAGGCCAACCAGAAUUAUCAAGAUGUCAACGACCCUGCAGUUGUUGUUUCGUUCCCCCUGGUUGACGACCCUGAAACCAGCCUCCUCGCGUGGACGACGACACCAUGGACCCUUCCUUCCCACCUCGGGCUGGCCGCGCACCCCGACUUCGAGUACGCCAAGGUGAAGGAUGAAAAGACUGGAAAGACGUACAUCAUUCUAGAAAAGCUCCUCAGCACUCUGUACAAGGACCCCAAGAAGGCUAAGUAUACCAUUAUUGGCAAGAUUCUCGGCAAGGAUAUGCUUGGCUGGAAGUACCUCCCGCCGUUCGACUACUUCUACGAGGAUUACAAGGAUGUUGCAUUCAAGGUUCUCAAUGCUACCUACGUAACCGACGACAGCGGUACGGGAAUUGUUCACCAGGCCCCUGCUUUCGGUGAAGACGAUUACAGCGUUGCUGUUGAAGCCGGUAUCGUUACCGAAAAGCGCCCUGCUCCCGACCCCCUGGACGAUACGGGCCACUUCUUGUCGCGCGUUCGCGACUUUGAGGGAAUGCAUGUGAAGGAGGCCGACAAGCACAUUAUCAAGCACCUGAAGAAUGCCGGACGACUGGCUGCCGAGUCGCAACUCCGUCAUUCAUACCCCAUGUGCCCCCGAUCCGAUACGCCGCUUAUUUACAGGGCCCUUCCAUCAUGGUUCAUUCGAGUGCCAGAGAGCAUCCCCGACAUGUUAAAGAAUAUUGAUGGUACUCACUGGGUUCCUUCUUUUGUGAAGGAACGUAGAUUCGCAAGCUGGAUCGCUAAUGCUCGUGACUGGAACGUUGGUCGAAACCGGUACUGGGGAACCCCGAUUCCUCUGUGGGUCAGUGAUGACUUGGAAGAGCGUGUAUGUGUCGGCAGCAUCCAGGAGCUCAAGGAGCUUAGCGGCUUCGAGGGCGAGAUCAACGAUCUCCACCGGGAUAAGAUCGAUCACAUCACCAUCCCCAGCAAGCAGGGCAAGGGAGUCUUGAAACGUGUUGAGCAAGUGUUUGACUGCUGGUUUGAGUCAGGUAGCAUGCCAUUUGCCAGCCAACACUAUCCAUUUGAGAAUGUUGAGAAAUUCGAGAAGAGUUUCCCUGGAGACUUCAUCGCUGAGGGUCUUGACCAGACCAGAGGAUGGUUCUAUACUCUUGUGGUAUUGGGAACCAAGCUGUUCGGCGUCUCCCCCUUCAAGAACUGUGUUGUGAACGGUAUCGUUCUUGCCGAAGAUGGAAAGAAGAUGUCGAAGCGUCUCAAAAAUUACCCCGACCCAUCUAUUGUCAUGGAAAAGUAUGGAUCUGAUGCAUUGAGGCUCUACCUCAUCAACUCACCCGUUGUCCGAGCCGAGCCACUUCGCUUCAAAGAGUCAGGCGUAAAGGAAGUUGUGCAGAAGGUGCUUCUGCCUUUGUGGAACUCAUAUAAAUUUUUUGAGGCCUCAGUAGCCAUGCUAAAGAAGAUUGAGAACACCGAUUACGUCUGGGAUCCUUCAAUGGAGUCUAGCAACAGCAAUGUCAUGGAUCGCUGGAUCUUGGCCAGCUGCCAAAGCUUGCUUGAAUUUGUCAAUGAAGAGAUGAAGUUCUAUCGCCUAUACACUGUUGUCCCAAGACUUCUUGAGCUCAUUGACAACACGACAAAUUGGUACAUUCGCUUUAACCGUAAGCGACUCAAGGGUGAGAACGGCCUGCAGGAUACCUUGCAUGCGUUGAACUCCCUAUUCGAAGUUAUUUUCACGCUCUGCCGUGGACUUGCACCUUUCACUCCAUUCCUCGCAGAUAACAUUUACCAGAAGCUGCUUCCUCACAUCCCCGAGAAGUUGCGUGGUGAGGACUUCAGGAGUGUGCAUUUCUUGCCCUUCCCCGAAGUUCGCAAGGAGCUGUUCGACUCCGCUGUUGAGAGACGAGUGGGGAGAAUGCAGAAGGUCAUUGAGCUUGCCCGAGUAUCCCGAGAGCGACGCACCAUUGGCCUCAAGCAGCCGCUGCAGACUCUCGUGGUCAUUCACUCGGAUCCUCAAUACCUUGAGGAUAUCAAGUCUCUUGAGAACUAUAUUUCGGAGGAGUUGAAUGUCCGUGACCUUGUAUUGUCCUCUGACGAGGCUAAAUACAAUGUCAUCUACAGCUGCACAGCCGACUGGCCAGUCCUGGGCAAGAAGCUCAAGAAGGACAUGGCGCGAGUGAAGAAGGCCCUCCCGGGAGUGACCAGCGACCAAGUUCAGGGGUACGUGAGAGACAAGUUUAUCGAGGUCGAUGGUAUUCGCCUUGAGGAGGGCGACCUAGUUGUCCGCCGUGGAGUCAAGGAAGACGAAUCCAGUAAGAACUUGGAGAUCAAUACCGAUAGCCACGUUCUUACUAUUCUGGACACCGAAAUCCACCCCGAACUUGCCCUUGAAGGUCUCGGACGUGAGAUCAUCAACAGGGUACAGAGACUUCGAAAGAAGGCAGGCUUGAAUGCAACUGAUGACAUCAAGAUGGAGUACCGCGUUCUCACCGACCCAGACAACGUCGGAUUGGAGCAGGCAUUUGAGUCGCAGUCGCCUGCUUUUGAGAAGGCUCUGAGACGAACCCUCGAAAAGGCAUCACCGGAUGCUACUGGCGAGAAGCUGAUUGCUGAGGAGGAUCAGGAAGUGCAACAGGCGACAUUCUCGCUUAGACUCCUCAAGCUCUAA